GUGGGGCCUGCGCCGCCACUGUGAUGGAGCAGCAAACAAUGAUGGAAGCCUCGAAUGGUACUCAAUACUUGCGUCAGCCUUGAAUAUCGUCAUCGUUACCGUCGCGUCGUUCUUUGAGCUUCCUCAAGCUAUUUGCUCGUCUCAGCCAGGCGUAUUCGUCAUACCUGUGGGCUCAAUCAGUGAUCAUGGCAGCUCAGAUUGCUCCCAACCAAGCGCCGACGUUCGUUGCGGCCAUCCCCACACCGACAUUGGGGGAAGGCGGGUCUGCGAGUGUCGCGUUCUCAACAACGAUCGCAGCGUCUCCAACAAGAUGUCUUGAGAUCCUACUGGAUCCGUCUACUUAUCCCACUUGGAACAGAUGGAUUCCUCGUGUUGAUGUGGUGUCAGCGUCUACUGCUUCAGAAGCUGCCGUUCCCGAAUUGUUGGCACACGUCACAAGGAAGCCAAAUCAGCUUUUGCCAGGAACGCAAUUCGAUUUCGAGGUUCACAUGAGCGCUUCAAAUAUCCGAAAAACUGAGCUUGAACUCUCAGUACUGGAGGAGUUCGAGCGCAACGGCCGAAAAGGGUUGCGAGUCUGCUGGAAGACACGAGGCAACCCGUGGCUGGCACCGCGUGCCGAACGCGUCCAGGAGUUUUUAGAGAACGUCGAAGGCGGUUGCGACUAUACAAACUAUGAGACAUUCCAUGGACCACUGACUUGGGCUGUCAAGGCGUUUGCGGGCAAACAAUUACGGGACGGCUUGACUUUAUGGAUGAACGGGCUAAAAGCUGAAGCGGAAGCGAAGCCAGACUCGUUAGAAUAAGCAUUUUACAUUACAUAGUAGGGACGCGUGGUUUUGCGGCGAUCCCGAUGUCUCUUGUGGCGACGCAUUUUCCUAAUGGCACGAGCCUCACUUCUUCCAGCAAUGCGACCGAGUUACAUUACUAUAGUACUAGCCACAGAGUACGCGCGUCACUUUAGAUUUGGUUGCAGCGUACCUGUCAAAAAGGCUUAGUUUUGGCUCCCAAGCGAAGGAGCAUCUUCAGCGGCCAGCGACUCUGAAACAAGAAUAUUUAACGCCUAACCAGUAUGGAUAGGUGCCAAGAACAGCCGGUCUUGGGUCCCCCACCUUACGUGACCCCCUUGCCCACUUGGGAUUGCGCAACGAAAUCUAUCCACAGCGCGCGGCAGCAGUGUUGCAUUGGAGUUUCCA